AUGAGCUCCAGCCGUGACUUUCUGAGCCAAUGCUUUGCUUCAAGGAGCACAGAUUGUGACAGUGACAGAGAACCUACUCAAGCUGAUCUACAAAAGAAGUUAAAAAGGAAGGAACAGACACAGAAGGCAAGGGAUGCUUCUUUGGUGUCCAGGGCAUUGAAGAAGGCUCAAAAGAAUGGGCCCAACGAUGAGCAAACACUGACACCUGCUCAGACUUUGCAGCGCAAAUUUCUUACUGGACGCCUGCAUCAUGCAUAUGCAAUGUCACGGCCAUACGAUGUCUCCGCUCCAGACAACCAAAAGUCCAUUCAGAGAGAACGAGCACGUUGCGUUUGGAGUCUUUUGUGCUUCCUGGCCAAGACAUUGGAGGACCUGUUCUCCAUGGGGACACCCGUGAAGCACAUUAUCAAUACCAUAGUUCCAGAUGACACAACAACCCGAUUGAGAGGGCCCAAUCCAGGUGACCGAACAAUGGUCUACACCCUGAUGAACCAAGUCCAGAGUUGCAUUGUCAACUACGAGAAAAAAUUGGACAGUUCAAACACUGGCUGGCACUGCCUGGCACUCCCUUGCCCCACAUCAAUCCUACAUGUGGCAGACACUCCAAACAUUCAUGCCGCCUAUACUUCUUACUUGCUGGCUUCAGCAAGCGGUAUCGGGAAGGGCUUACAAAGACUUGGUUUGUCGCAAGAUCUGGAAGGGUUUCAUGGAGCCAAGUGGAUUGCCCAGGUUAUGUGUGGUGACGCUUUGGAAGCUAAUAGUGCAGCUUUCAAUGUUGAGAGGCGCCUCCUGACCCAACGGCGUGAGCGUGGUGAGCGCUUGAAUGUGGUGGCUAUCAGGUUUACUGCUCAGCUCAUAACCUUGCUCAAGAAGCCUGGUGUUUUUGAACGAAUCCAAGUCAGCCAGUACCCGCCAGAAAUGUCAGAGUGGCAGCGCAGAGCUGCGUGGCUUCUCAAAGAUUUCCAAGCACCAGCAAAGGUCCAAGAGAAGCUGCUUGGCCAGAUUCUGCAAUUCCUCAAUGGGGAUACCCGCAGUGAUACAAUCACUCAUUGGCGCUUGGUAGCAGAGUUUCUAUCACCUCCGUUCACCUUGUUGGCAUUAGCCGAUGCUGAUGAGAGCAGCUUUGUUACAGGGUGGCAGCAAUUGCACCUCAAAUAUGGUGAGUGUGCGUGCUGUGUGGACCAGGAGUUCACAACACCACUCCUCCAAGCCUUUCCAGCAUUUGAAAACGACUUGUCCACACCAGUGACGGAGGAUCAGCAGAAAGACAUACAGGAUGGAAGACAUCCAGAUCGUACUCGAGAAAUUAUGGAGACGGAUGCUGAGAAGAGGGCGCGCUUCAACCAUGCAGCAACCCGCAAAAUUCGGAAGCUGUCAGGCCAUGGGGCAUUGAAGGCCGAACAAAUUGAUAUGACGCUUUCUGAUGGAGAUGUUCAAUUCAAGCUGGAUGAGACCUUGCACCAGCCAAUCAUGUCGAAUCAAACAGACGACCUCCCUGAAGUACAUGAUUCACCUUGCCUUCCUUUCAUUUGCAGAACGAAUUGCCACUACCCGAGAAUGCAGCAACUGGUGAAAGAUUUGACCUGGCGCCUUGAGGAGCACAAGGUCAAGCCAGCAUCCUUGUUGCUCUUUACCGUGGAGCACAGCAAUUACCCCGUUCUGCUGGGCGUAUCCAUGAAGAGACCUAUGUCUCACAUCUUUGUGAAUGCCGCACUUGAUGCUGAUCAGGUCUCCUUGACUGAUGCCAGAGGUACUUUACCACAGUUUCAGUCUUCGCAUGAGCUGAUGCUGAAAUUGCUCCGAGAACAUUCCCCAAACCCAGACAGUACUUUGGAUGUGACAGUGGAUGUUUGGGGUGAUUCAGAUAAUGCCGAGAAGGAAGAAGAGCAAGCUGCUCCAAUGUCCAGUGUAGUUGCCACAGAACAGCGAGCGGUUCAGGAAGUCGCUCGUGAGAUAGAGAUGUGCGAUGCGCAAAGGGCAGAGACUGCAGAUACUGCGCCUGCAGACUUCAUGCUUCACGGCUAUUUGGGAUCUGAGCCUAUCGGCUUGAAACUGGUGGAAGGGUACGAACUGCGCGUAGAUGCGUUGGUGCACUGUAUUCAGAAGGUGCUGCCUUCCACCUUGGCCCGGAGCAGCCUAGAGGAUGUUUCCAACUACGUUGAUGGAAAAUGCACAUCGGAACGGCGCCGCGAGUUCGUGAAGUCUUGCCGGAAUGCGUUGGGCCUUGGGCCAAACGGGCCUAUGGUCUUUUACAGCCAGCACCACCUUGGUGAGGACCAGCGGCGUCGCCUUAAUGCCCGGGAGACUGAGAGUUUGGACAUUCAGUAUGCCUCCUUGGUUGUGAGAGGAAUUUCACCAUACCGCCAGUGGUGCACCACAGACCUGGCCCGUAGCCUGGCCAGCAGUGUGGGAAGGAAGCACACCGGUUCCAAUGGCACUUUCUCGGCCAUCACCACGACCGCGAAACUGUGGAGCUUUCGGCAAAAGAGGUUCUUGUGCGCUGAGGAGCUCUUCACAUGCCAGGGCUUUGACAUCAGCAAGCUGGACCUCACUGGCUUUGACUACAGCCAGCUCAACAAGAUCAUUGGCGAUGCUUGGGCAGCACCUGUUGCAGGUGCAAUUUUCCUGAUGUUCGUGCUUGCCAUUUUGCCAUUGGGAAAGGACAAUCAACCGUUUUUGGGCGUAGAGCCUUUGAACCUGAGCCCUGCGACAUUGUCCGAUUCCCCAGAGCCAGAGCCCCGAUCUUCAACAAGCCGUGGCUUCUGCUUUGGAGAUUCCUUGGAUCGCCGUCCAGCACUAAAGAGGAGCCGUGCCUCAGAUUUUGAGGAUGAGGACGAGGGUGACGCACUCACUCAACGGUUUCGGUCCUUGCGUGUCAAACACCUUCAUGCGAUCUGCAACAAUCCUCGUUGCAAACCCCGACACGAGAGCAUCAAUGUGAAGCUCUACACUGAGCAGAAGGAGUCAAGUUAUUGCGACGUCUUCCAGGAGAUUGGGAUGGAACGGGGCCAGUUUCAGUUCAUCGAUGACACUGGGGAGGAGGGUGUCAUCAUUAUUCCUGAAGACGGGACCAAGAAGGUCAAGAUGGGCACCAGAGCCGCUGCCAAGGACGCCUUGGCCAAGGCGUUGCAGGCUGACGUGAGCGAGGAGGAACCCGUGGAGCAUCAGGCUGAAAGUGAUCAGGAGUCAGAGGAGGACACAGGCAUUGGCUUCAAGAAGGCUGGCUCGAAUCAAGACAAGACUAAGCGGCGACGGGUCAUGAAGACUGAAGAAGCCACUGAGAGCACGGUGCCAGAACCAAAGCCAAAACCAUCAGCCGCCUCUGGCUCCAAGCGCAAGGCUACCACCACAUCGGGACCUUCUUCAGAUUUGGCUGAGUCACUGAAAGCCGCGAAUGCUUGUUUGGGAGCACUUCAAUCUUUCAUGCCUUUGAAUUACUUUCAGGGUUCCUUGAAAGCACGGGAUGUGGACAAGAAACUCAACUUGGCGUUCCAGACACAGUCGGCUCUAGAAGAGCACAUCCCUACGAGCCCAGAAGCCCAGAAUGAGGCAGUUAACAAUUUGUCCGUGAACUCAGACCAUUCAACCUUCUUUCACUUUCUGAUGCUCACUGGCCGCGGCACUGGCGAGGAAAAGGGUUUGUCCAUGCAGAAGCUCCUACAUGCGCAGUGCACGAUGGGCGAGGGUGGGCUCUUGCAAGUGCAGGUGAUGCAGCAAGAGCAUUUGGUGCAGCCUCAGUUGGCUAUGGAGAUCAAAACUGUGGUGGCCACAAGCAAGGUGACGUCACCUCGCAUCAACCUGAUGUUUCGAUCAAACUCAUUGUGGAGGGCGUUGUGGAACGCGGUGGUGGAUGUGGGGAAAGAUCAAGUCGAUCUUGAUAGCGCUACCGACCUUGCCGGGAAAGUUCGGGACAACGUGAAAAAGUUGGACACUCUUCUGCAAGUGGAUGGGGACGAAAACAAAUCGACCCUGGCCCUGGACAAGGUGAUGCCAGCGAUUGACAAGUGUUCAUCCAUCCAGUCUGUCAUCUCUGCUUUGGAGGGCUCUACUCAGGAGCAACACCAGCAGUUGAAGAAUGAGUUGGACAGCAAUUUGGAAUGGCUUCAGGGCAUGGUGUCAGAUUGGGGAAACUUUGAUUUCAAGCACUUGCUGGAGCACAGCUUCCGUGGCUCUGUCGAGCUCCGGAUUGGGGGGCCUUCUGCUUGGCGACAUCAAGGUGUGAUUUCCAGUCGCCUUUUCAAAGUCAGCGAGAUUACAAAGAGCAAGGCCAUCCAAACCACACUCCUGCAGUCACUUCUGGACUACAGUUCAAGUCCAGAUGAAGAAGAUGUUCCGCUUGAGAAGGUUUGCAGUCUCAGCAAGGACAUGAACACGCAGUUGUCUUCAAAGGCUGUGGAUGCUUUGGGACCAGAUUGGCUUGAUGCUGCAAAAGCGGCAGCCCAGCGUUUCCAGAGUGCCAUGAUCACCUAUGGAACCUCUUGGGUUGCCUCUGCCUGGGAAUCAGGUGGCCCAGACGAGGUAUGUGAUGUCUUGAAUGCCUGCACUCACCUGCCACCAGAACUUCAGGCAAUGUUGAAUUUGGCCAAGAACAGCUCGAUCCUGGACGAUUUGAAGCCGGUUGAUGCACCAUCGCUCACAAACCUUGAGAAGGAGUUGCCACAGCUGAUGCGUCCUGUCAAGAAGUGGAUGACCAUUUUGUCUUUGGACAUGACGCUGAUCGAGAAAUUCUUUUCAGCAGAGGUGGUGACCCACGUGAAGGAAUUCCAGGCAUCAGUGAUUGCCGCAAUCGAGAAGGUCAUCGACUCUGCAGAGACAAGCCUCGGACACAUGACACCUGUUGUUGAGAAGUACAGGCAUGUCAUGCCGGCUAUCGAUUCUGGGGAGUUGGACACCGCCGCAAAGAUCUUUGGCGCUGAUGAGAAAGAAAAGAUGCAGUUGGGUGAGGAUGUCAACUCUCUCCUUGACUGGCGCAAGGGCUUCCUGAUCGUGCAGGACUUUCUUCGAACCUUGCAGAACAUCCAGAAGUUUGAUGGUUGGAAGACCACACCAUUGCGGGCCAAGAUUGCCACGCGCAACGAUGUGGGCUCAAUGUGCAGCUCAAUCACAGUUCUCGAGCUUGUCACGUUCCCAGACCACUACCCGGACAAGUUGGCGGCUGUGCGCAAACUGUGCAGAAUGUUGGCCGCUGAACUUGGGAUGACCAAAGCAGAUCUUCACCCCAACCUCCUGACGAAGCUUGAAGAGUUCCAGAAGGCUGAUGACCCUCCAGCCAGCGAGCAGCUUUGGUGGAACAGAUCAAGGUCCAAGGUCCUAGCUUUUCAGAUAUUUCAGAUUCAGUCACAUUCUCACUCACUCAUAUCAUAUGUUGGGCGUUGGCUGAGACAAAAAAAACGCACAAGGCCAGGCAAGAAACAUUGGCUCUUGGUCAUUGACGCAUUUGUUCCAGGGCAAUUUGUCAAAGGUCUAUCGUUCAUUGACUUUGGUGUUGAUUCAUUAUGUUUUUAUGGCCACCUGUAA